AUUUUCCCGCAGACGACAUUAUAGAGCUAGAUAGAAAAGCAAAAUCGGAAAAUAGAAUAACAAUUCCAAUUUACACUUUCUACAUUAUCAAAGAUGCAGUCGUUGUUGAAAUACAAGUAUUACGAUACUCCUGAAGGCCAAGAUGGUUUUAAAAAAAUAUUUUACAUGUCAAGACACGCAGCUUUUAUCGGUUUCGGGCUAGCUGCAACGGAUGUUCUCAUGAUAUCUCAACCCAAAGGAUACGUUAAAACUGCUGCCAGGAUGUUGUACAUCGUGGGACCCAUCACUGCAAUGGCUGCAGCUUUUGCAGCAACUACUUGCAUAGCCACUUCAGUACGAGGCAAAGAUGAUCGCCUGAACUAUGUUCUUGGUGCUGCAAGCUCAGCUGCCAUUUAUGGAGCCACAAAGAAUAGUCUUUCCCAUGGCUUGCAUGGUUUUCUUGCCCUUGCAGUUGCUGCAUUUUUGAAAAAGAAAUCUGUUGAAGAGGGAUGGUCAUUUUUUCCUGAUCAUCAAACCCAAAAGGGUUAUAGUUCACUUCAAUAUGAUUAUUCUGGAUUAAAAGGUAAAUUCUAAAUAACAAUGUGAGUGAAUGUCAACAUGAUGUAAGGAUAUAUAUAGAAGAAUAAAGUGUUGGUUAGAACAGCUA